UCACGAGCGCGCCCGUCCGAACUCUUCCUAGUUUCUCUUAAGAGAGUGGGUCAGUCAAUUUCCAAGUAAGUUUGGAGAUCUUGACGUGGUUGCGAGCAGUAAGUUAUCAAUUUCUCUAACUGAAUUUGCUUUCCAUCACACUAUGAAGCAGAUCUGAUAUGCCACUUGAAUUAAUAAAAGAAGUCAACGGAGUGCCUGAAGUUGAUCUGCUAAAUAAAUUACACAAAGUCGAUAUCAGAUCCCUACAGCCAGGUUGUGAUUAUGACAAGAAAUAUAUCCAGGGAAAACUCUCACUUAUCUCUUCUUUAAUCUGUGGUGAAAACAGAAGAGCUAUUUUAAAGAUUGGACUUCAAGAACAAGAUAAUUCGAGUUCAGAGAUCAGCAAGAUCAAUAUAUUAUUUUUUGGAAGCUUAGCAAAGGACUGUGCCAAAGUUUUCUAUGAAGGGGACACCAUUGCAGUGGCUGGAUUUGUUGUUUUGUCAGCAUCUUCAUCUCCAAGCAGAGAUGGUAAACAUUGCUUAUUUUUGAAAGCAUCUGAGAACUUCAAAUCAACUGUUUAUGUUUAUGUUAAACCGGUAGGAGAUUGUUCUACAGAAUCAAUGUCUUUGGCUCCAGCCACACAUUAUGUAUAUACACCCCUGAAUCAACUUAAAGGUGGCAUGAUUGUGAACGUCUAUGGUGUCGUGAAGUUCUUUAAACCUCCGUACCUAAGCAGAGGAACUGAUUAUUGUUCAGUUGUAACAAUUGUGGACCAGACAAAUGUAAAACUAACCUGCCUGUUCUUUAGUGGAAAUUAUGAAGCCCUUCCAAUGAUUUAUAAAAAUGGAGAUAUCGUUCGCUUUCACAGGCUAAAGAUCCAAGUAUAUAAAAAGGAGACUCAAGGUAUCACCAGCUCUGGCUUUGCAGCUUUGACAUUUGAGGGAACUUUGGGGGCUCCUAUCAUUCCUCGUACUGCAAGCAAAUGUUUUAACUUCACUGCUGAGGACCAGAAAAUGGUCGAAGCUUUACGUAUUUGGGCAUCGACUCAUAUUUCACCUUCUUCAAUAUCAGUCAAAUUGUGUGAUGUCCAGCCAAUGCAGUAUUUUGACCUGACUUGCCAGCUCUUGGGCAAAGCCGAAGUGGAUGGAGCAUCAUUUCUUCUAAAGGUAUGGGAUGGCACCAGGACCCCAUUCCCAUCUUGGAGAGUCUUAAUACAAGACGUUGCUCUUGAAGGUGAUUUAAGUCGCAUCCAUCAGCUGCAGAAUCUGACAGUAGACAUUUUAGUCUAUGAUAACCAUGUUCAAGUGGCUAAAUCUCUAAAGGUUGGAAGCUUCCUUAGAAUUUAUAGCCUCCAUACCAAACUUCAGUCAGUCAGUUCAGAGAACCUAGCAACGUCUUUAGCCCUAGAAUUUCAUCUCCAUGGAGGCACAAGUUAUGGUCGGGGAAUCAGAGUCUUGCCUGAAAAUAACUCCGAUGUGGAUCAGCUGAAAAAGAUUUUAGAAUCUGCACAUUUGCCCCCCAACCAGAGUUUUGUUGGUGUAUGUCAAUCAGAGCAAGAGGACAGCUUUUCAAACAUUUCAAGCUCUGGAUCAGUAUCACUAUAUGAAGUCGAAAGAUGUCAACAACUCUCAGCUACCAUACUUACAGGUCAUCAAUAUUUGGAGAAAACCCCACUGUGUGCUAUUUUGAAGCAAAACGCUCCUCAACAAUAUCGUAUCCGAGCAAAACUGAGAUCAUAUAAGCCCAAAAGACUCUUUCAGUCUGUCAAACUUUAUUGUCCUAAGUGUCACUUACUGCAAGAAGUGCCAAAUGAGAUUGAUUUGGAUAAGAUUUUCCAAGAGGGUGCAAGCACAACCCCAGAUACAAAGCUACAAAAUACAUCCUUAUAUAAUUCGAAGGUCUGGACCACUAAAGAUCAAGGAGAACGAAAAGUAGCUAUUCAUUUUGUGAAAAAUAAUGGUAUACUUCCACUUUCAAAUGACUGUCUAAUUUUGAUAGAAGGAGGUACACUCAGUGAAAUCUGCAAACUCUCAGACAAGUUUCAUAGUGUAAUUCCUGUAAGAUCUGGCCAUGAAGACCUGGAAGUCCUUGACCUUUCAGUUCCAUUUCUUAUACAAGGAAAAAUACAUCACUAUGGAUGUAAACACUGCUCUAGUUUGAGACCAAUAAAAAAUCUAAAUUCCCUGGUUAAUAAAACAUCGUGGAUUCCUUCUUCUGUUGCAGAAGCACUGGGCAUUGUUCCCCUCCAACAAGUGUUUGUGAUGACAUUUACUCUUGACGAUGGAACGGGAGUAUUGGAAGCUUACCUCAUGGAUUCUGAAAAUUUCUUCCAGAUUCCAGCAUCAGAAGUCUUAAACAAUGAUAAUCUUCAGCAUAACAUGGAAAUGAUCAUGGAUAUGUUUUGUCCCCCAGGAGCAAAAAUUGAUGCGUAUCCGUGGCUGGAAUUCUUCAUCAGGUCAUAUAAUGUCACAAGUGGAAAGGAGCAGCAGAUAUGCUAUCAGAUUUUUCAUACUACAAUUGCAGAUGAUGUUAUCUAAUUUUGACAUUUAGCUUAGAGCAUAUGAAAUAUUGUAAUUUUAGAAAACAUUACCAUUUUCUAUGAGAUUGAUAUAAAACACAUGAAACAUCUAAUUCUGUAGUUUAUUUUCCAUUUUAGCCAGUUGUUUUUUUGUUUUUCAUUUUUUUUUUUUUUUUUGACCAAUAGGCAUUGUGUUAUCUUAAUGCCCUCUUAUAAGUUCAAAAUGUUCCUGUUGCUCAGAAUCUCCAAUAUGAUAGCUGUGAGGGGUAUAAAAGAGAGACAUCAAAUAAAUAAGGACUAUGUUUUCACUUACUCUUGACUCUUCUCCUUUCAGAGAAGCUAUUUUGCUACCCUGCCCUAACAGUUGGAGUAGGAAAUGGCAACCCACUCCAGUAUUCUUGCCUGCAAAAUUCCGUGGACAAAGGAGCUUGGGGGACUGCAGUCCAUGGGGUCACAAAGAGUUGGACCCAACUGAGCUGUUGAGCACGAGCACCCUAAAAAUCCUCCCCCUGUUGGUUUUUCCAUGUGUCACCCACUGAUUUCUCUGCCAUCCACCAUCACUGGUUGAACUGCUUUAUCUGAAGAAAAAGCAUCAGCAUUACAUCAGCCAUGUGGAUGAUUUUAGUAAGCCUGUGGGCUUAGGAAAUGUCCUCACCUUAAACCUUCAACUUUUACUGAAUGCAAGAUUUGAUUUUUUUCAUGUUUGUACAAAGGGAUCUGCUUAAACAAGGACUCCUUGAAGAAGUGCUUGUCUGCGUGAGCUACAGUGUGCUUUAAAGAGUGAUUCGCUUUAAGUGCAAGGAGUGGAAUUGCUUUCCUCGGGUGCUGAUUUUGACCCGUCGAGGAUAACUCCAUUUUUUCAGACUCGUGUGCUUUUAUUGCUUGUUUCUCAACAUGAUACUGGAAGUUAUUCCCUUCCUCCUCAAAUCUAAUCAAGUGGUCAAAUUUGCAGUGUUCGUGGCUUACUUAUAUUAACCUUUUUGUGAGGAUCUUGUGUAAAAUAGACUUCUAUUUCAUGCUGAACAUUGAGAGAGAAAUUAACUCAGUGUGAUAGUCUGCUUUUUACCUGAUAUUUGUCAAAUUUAAAAUCAUGAGUAUUCAGUUUUAUACAAAUACUUGUAUAUAUUUGCAUAUAUGUAAAAAUUUGUGUAUGUUAUUUGCUGACAACUGAGAGAUACAGAUCUGCCUAGUUCAGUAUUAAUAAAGAAUAAAUAAA